UCUGCCGCCAAGAUGCCGGCCUACUUCCAGAGACCGGAAAAUGCUCUCAAACGCGCCAACGAGUUUCUUGAAGUUGGUAAAAAGCAGCCUGCAUUGGAUGUUCUUUAUGAUGUUAUGAAAAGUAAAAAACAUCGAACAUGGCAAAAGAUACACGAGCCAAUUAUGUUGAAAUACUUGGAGCUAUGCGUGGAUCUUCGCAAGAGCCAUUUGGCAAAGGAAGGAUUAUACCAAUAUAAGAAUAUCUGUCAACAGGUAAACAUCAAAUCUCUAGAGGAUGUUGUUCGGGCAUAUUUGAAAUUGGCAGAAGAAAAAACGGAAGCUGCCAAAGAAGAGUCUCAGCAGAUGGUCUUAGAUAUAGAAGACCUGGAUAAUAUUCAGACCCCCGAAAGUGUUCUUCUGAGCGCUGUGAGCGGGGAGGACACCCAGGAUCGGACUGACAGGUUGCUUUUAACGCCAUGGGUUAAAUUCCUAUGGGAAUCAUACAGGCAGUGUCUGGAUCUUCUUCGAAACAAUUCUAGAGUAGAGCGUCUCUAUCAUGACAUCGCACAACAAGCUUUCAAAUUCUGCCUCCAAUACACUCGCAAGGCUGAGUUCCGUAAGCUCUGUGACAAUUUGCGAAUGCACUUGUCCCAAAUUCAACGGCACCAUAACCAGAGUACAGCCAUCAAUCUUAAUAACCCCGAGAGCCAGUCCAUGCAUCUGGAAACCAGGCUUGUUCAGCUGGACAGUGCCAUCAGCAUGGAACUGUGGCAGGAAGCAUUCAAAGCUGUGGAAGAUAUUCAUGGACUAUUCUCCCUGUCUAAAAAGCCACCUAAGCCACAGUUGAUGGCCAAUUACUAUAAUAAAGUCUCAACUGUGUUUUGGAAGUCUGGAAAUGCUCUUUUCCAUGCAUCCACACUUCAUCGUCUUUAUCACCUGUCUAGAGAAAUGAGAAAAAAUCUUACACAGGAAGAGAUGCAAAGAAUGUCUACUCGAGUUCUCUUGGCCACUCUCUCCAUCCCUAUCACCCCUGAGCGUACGGAUAUUGCACGUCUUCUAGAUAUGGAUGGCAUCAUCGUGGAAAAGCAACGGCGCCUUGCCACACUGCUAGGUCUGCAGGCCCCACCAACACGGAUUGGCCUUAUUAAUGAUAUGGUUCUAAAUUGGGUUAGGGAACAACCUGAAAAGGAACCGGAGCUACAACAGUAUGUCCCCCAGCUGCAAAACAAUACCAUACUCCGUCUUCUGCAGCAGGUGGCACAAAUUUAUCAGAGCAUUGAGUUUUCUCGUUUGACUUCUCUGGUUCCUUUUGUUGAUGCUUUCCAACUGGAACGGGCGAUAGUAGAUGCGGCCAGGCACUGUGACCUUCAGGUUCGCAUUGACCACACUUCUCGGACCCUUAGUUUUGGGUCGGAUUUGAAUUAUGCUACUCGAGAAGAUGCUCCCCUGGGUCCUCAUCUGCAGAGCAUGCCUUCAGAGCAGAUAAGAAACCAGCUGACAGCCAUGUCCUCAGUCCUUGCCAAAGCGCUGGAAGUCAUCAAGCCAGCCCACAUACUGCAAGAGAAAGCAGAACAGCAUCAGUUAGCUGUUACUGCAUACCUGAAGAACUCCCGGAAGGAGCAUCAGCGCAUCCUGGCUCGCCGACAGACCAUCGAGGAGCGCAAAGAGCGGCUUGAGAGUCUUAAUAUUCAGCGUGAGAAAGAAGAGCUGGAGCAGAGGGAAGCUGAGCUCCAGAAAGUGCGGAAGGCUGAGGAGGAGCGCCUGCGACAGGAGGCAAAAGAGAGAGAGAAAGAGCGCAUUUUACAGGAGCAUGAGCAAAUCAAAAAGAAAACAGUGCGAGAACGCUUGGAGCAGAUCAAGAAGACCGAACUGGGUGCCAAAGCAUUCAAGGAUAUUGACAUUGAAGACCUUGAGGAAUUAGAUCCAGAUUUCAUUAUGGCCAAACAGGUUGAACAACUGGAAAAAGAAAAGAAAGAACUUCAAGAACGCUUGAAGAAUCAAGAGAAAAAGAUUGAUUACUUUGAAAGAGCUAAACGUUUGGAAGAAAUUCCUUUGAUAAAGAAUGCUUAUGAAGAACAGAGAAUUAAAGAUAUGGAUCUGUGGGAACAGCAAGAAGAAGAAAGAAUAACCACCAUGCAGCUGGAACGCGAAAAAGCUCUUGAACACAAGAACCGAAUGUCUCGGAUGCUUGAAGACAGAGAUUCCUUUGUAACGAGACUAAAGGCUGCGCGGCAGUCCGUUUAUGAGGAGAAACUUAAGCAGUUUGAAGAGCGACUAGCAGAAGAAAGGCAUAAUCGUUUAGAAGAACGUAAAAGGCAGCGCAAAGAAGAACGCAGAAUAACUUACUACAGGGAGAAAGAGGAGGAGGAGCAGAGGAGAGCUGAAGAGCAGAUGCUCAAAGAGCGAGAAGAGAGAGAGAGAGCUGAGAGGGCCAAACGUGAGGAAGAGCUGCGAGAAUAUCAGGAACAUGUCAAGAAAUUAGAAGAAGUGGAAAGGAAAAAACGCCAGAGAGAAUUGGAAAUUGAAGAGCGAGAACGUCGUCGGGAGGAAGAGAGAAGGCUUGGUGAUGACCCACUUGCAAGAAAGGAUUCUCGCUGGGGAGAAUCGGAGAGCACCUGGAGAAAAGGACCUGAGGUAGACUCGGAAUGGAGACGAGCCCCACCAGAGAAAGACUGGAGACGUGAAGGGCGGGAUGAAGAAAGGCCUCUCAGAAGAGAUGAGGACCGACCAAGGCGCUUGGGUGACGAAGACAGAGAAGCCAGGCCAGAGGAAGAGCGGCUGCCGCGGAGAGGCCUGGACGAGGACCGAGUCCUCCGGCGGGGUCCUGACGAAGACCGCUUUGCCCGUCGCGUGGCCGACGACGACCGGCCUUCCUGGCGUAAUGCAGAUGAUGACAGACCUCCCAGGAGAAUCCUUGAUGAAGACCGGCCAAGCUGGCGACAUGCUGAUGAUGACAGACCACCCAGACGAGGACUGGAUGAUGACAGACCACCCAGGCGAGGACUGGAUGAUGACAGACCACCCAGGCGAGGACUGGAUGAUGACAGACCACCCAGGCGAGGAGGACUGGAUGAUGACAGAGGAACCUGGCGAACAGCCGAUGAGGACAGAGGACCAAGACGUGGGCUGGAUGAGGACCGGGGGCCGCGGCGAGGCGGUGCCGAUGAUGAGCGCUCGUCCUGGCGCAGUGCGGAUGAUGAUCGGGGGCCCAGGCGGGGCAUGGAUGAGGACCGGGGUCCCCGGCGUGGGUUGGAUGAGGACCGAGGACCUUGGAGGAGCACUGACGAUGACAGGAUUUCCAGGCGUGGUGCAGACGAUGACAGGGGGCCUUGGAGAAACAUGGAUGAUGAUCGGCUGUCGAGACGGGCUGAUGAUGAUCGGAUCCCCAGGCGAGGCGACGACUCCAGACCUGGUCCCUGGAGACCAUUUGGAAAGCCAGGUGGAUGGAGAGAUCGAGAAAAAGCCAGAGAAAACAGUUGGGGUCCACGCCAAGAAUCGAGACCAUCUGAAGACUCUGAAUGGGAUCGCGAAAAAGAGCGGGAUCGAGAUAACCCAGACCGAGAUGAGAACGACAAGGAACCUGAGAGAGAGAGGGAGAGAGAUCGGGACAGAGACCGGGAUCGAGAUGGGGACCGGGAUGACCGCUUCCGACGACCAAGGGAUGAGGGUGCCUGGAGAAGAGGCCCAGCUGAGGAAGCUUCGAGCUGGAGAGAUUCCAGUCGCCGGGACGACUGGGACAGAGAUGACCGCCGUCGCGACAGAGAUGACCGGCGGGACCUGCGGGAUGACAGGCGGGAUCUGAGGGACCGGCGGGAUGACCGAGACCGAAGAGGCCCUCCACUCAGAUCAGAGCGGGAUGAAGUAAGUUCUUGGCGUCGUGCUGAUGAUAGGAAAGAGGACCGUGCAGAAGAACGAGAUACCCCUCGGCGUGUUCCUCCCCCAGCCCUGGCGCGGGAUCGAGAAAGAGAGCGGGAUCGAGAUAGAGAUCGAGAAAGAGAAGGUGAAAAAGAGAAAGCCCCAUGGAAAGCUGAGAAAGAAAAGGACUCUCUUCGUCGUACUAAAAACGAGACUGAUGAAGACGGGUGGACGACUGUACGACGUUAA